AUGUUCACCUCAAAUGCCCAGCUUCGGGAUCUUGAGAUCCAGAGGGACUCGGUUGUAGCCGAAAGAAAGGCCGUGGAAAGGCAAAGGUACUUCUCGGAGGAAGCCCUCGCCGCCGCCAGAGGCCACUGUGAAGAUCUGGAGGCUCAAAUCGCAGCCUCACACGGCGAGAACGUGAAGCUGACCCAGGAGGUUGAGGCUCUCCAAGAAGACUCAGAAACGAAGGUUUUAGGAAACCGGGCUUACUCCGAGAAAAUGGCCGCCCACCGAAAGCGGUUUGAGGAAGCAGAAAGCAAAUUGCCUUUUGUGGUGGAGCUGGCGAGAAAAAGGGCCACCGUCCAGCAGCUGAUGGAGAAGAAGGAAGAGCUGUUGGCUUCUCUUCAAGAAGGAGAAGAAGAGGCUACGGUUGGCCAAGUCCAGGAUGAAAUCUCUUGUCUGCAAAGUGAAAUGACGGUUUUGAAAGAGGCCGUUGGUGAGAAGGAGAACGCCGUUCGAGAUGAAAAAAGCAGACAGGCUACGCUUCAGAAAGAAAUUGAGCUGCAGCGCAAGAGAUCCGAAGCAGUUCUCAAACGGCUGCGUUGCCAAGUUAACAACCUGGAGUUGGAGAGAAGGCAGUGGCGUUUGAAAAUGCAACAUCUGGAAGGAGAAGCAGAAGAAUUACGAAAACGGUUGCAAGCCACCGAUGAGUAA